GACGUCAUGAGCGUCCUACUGCCCAACAUGGCGGACUUUGAUACCAUUUCUGAGUUAGAAGAAGAAGAUGAGAGGAUUGUCAGUGAAGAACAUCUCGUCAGAUACUGUCCCGAGCCCGUGGUCAUGCGUGGGGCCGGUCACAUCACAGUGUUUGGGCUAAGCAACAAAUUUGACACAGAGUUCCCUUCGGUUCUCACAGGAAAGGUUGCUCCAGAGGAGUUCAAGACGAGUGUCAAUCGAGUAAACGCGUGUUUAAAGAAGAACCUGCCGGUCAAUGUAAAAUGGCUGCUCUGCGGUUGUCUGUGCUGUUGCUGUACCGUAGGCUUCAGUCUGUGGCCUGUCGUAUGUCUCAACAAGCGUACACGAAGAUCUAUGCAGAAAUUGCUAGAAUGGGAAAACAACAGACUGUAUCACAAGUUGGGGCUUCACUGGAAACUCAGCAGAAGAAAAUGUGACAGCAACAACAUGAUGGAAUAUGUUAUUCUUAUAGAAUUCUUGCCAAAAUAUCCUAUAUUUAGACCUGACUAAAAAUGACUUGUGAUGGAGCCCAGUGGAAGGUCUUUGAUUUCCCUCCUUAGUGCCUUGUAUAUAUGUCAGAUUGAGGGUCUCCACAAGACCCCCUCUCCUGGUAACCUUGUACAGUAGAAUUCGCGACACUGUCACUUUGCUUUAGAGCAGAUUUUGCACAUUUCCUGAUGUAGUAGAAGAGCUGUUUGUGUUGCUUCGAGAUGUUUAGUUACAUGUAAUAAGUGAUGGAAAGAGAGCAAGCUGAUACUGUUUAAAAGUGCAUUUACCCCAAAGAGCCAUCAUGUCAUCCCUACACAAUAUAUUAUGUUAUCAUCAAUCAGAAUAAGGCACCUUAUGGUGUGAAUUUGCCUUAUGUUAAAGGACAAACUUUUUUUAAGUCAAAAGUGUACGUGUAGGAGUCAGAAGUGGAUUUGACUAGUUUUGGGAGUUGUCGAAGCUUGUGCAGAAAGUGAGCGAUCUGCUACUACACGGGGAAGUCAAGCAACUGACUUGUAUAUAUCCUAGACAAUAUGUACAGUAUGGUAUGCCAUGUUUACAUUAUGUAAUUUCGCCGUAAUUAGUUUAUCGCCAAGAUCUUAUUGUAGCAUAGAUUUAUACGCCGUGUCUCUGUAACUUUACAGUUUUAACAAUCUGUUUACCCAGUAAGCCAUAAAAUGUAUGUACAAGAUGCCACUUGAGUUAGGGCUGAAUAUUGCACUAAUAUAACUGAGUUUCAUGUACUGUCCUAUAGAGGUUUUUGAUAUUAUAUAACAAUAUCAUUCCUGGCGUGUUUCAUAACACGAUUUUGCCAGUCAAGCAAAAUUUGUUGCAGAGAACAAUGUGUCAUCCAUUUCAAAAUGAAUUUCACAUAGGCAGGUUUUGGUUUAUUUUAUGCAUAAUUUUUUGUACCCUGUAUUUUUUGUUUGUUUGAUACAGUCACGUCUUAGAGUAUCUUAAGUUUUUUCAUUGUUAUUAUGUUUACUACAAACACGGCAUUGUAAAUGUAAUGGAUGAAACUGCUCCUCGUGUUUUCUAUCCUUGUAUUACAUCUUUGCUCCAUAUACUGUAGACAGACUGCAUUAGUUGAGUGCCUCUGUAGAUAGGUCUCGGAGGAAUGAUUCUUUGCCUAGCAAUCUAAUGAAAAGGAAGGAAUCUGCUCUUAGUACUGGUUCUGUUGAAGUACCUGUAAAUGUUUGUCCCUAUCUAAUCCUAUGGAAAGCUUAAAUAAAUUCUUGGUUUUGAUGUUUUUGAACAACUCUCUUUUUUAAAUAUGUGACCCUGGACAACAAAACCUCAGUUUCAAAGGUCAGUUUUUUGAAAUUAAGAUUUUUACACCAUCUGAAAGCUGAAUAAAUAAGCUUUCCAUUGAUGUAUGGUUUGUUAGGAUAGGACAAUAUUUGGCCGAGAUACAACUAUUUGAAAAAAUGCAAUCUGAGGGUGCCAAAAAUCAAAACAUUGAGAAAAUCGCCUUUAAAGUUGUCUAAAUCAAGUCCUUAGCAUUGCAUAUUAUACUCACAAAAAUAUCUUCAUGGAACAAGAUCUUUACUUAAUAGCCUAAUGAUUUUUGGCAUUAAAGAAAAAUCAAUAAUUUUGACCCACCCACCAAUCAAUGUAUUUUGGCUAUUACUAAAAAUGUUCUUGUGCUACUUAAGACAAGGUUUUGUGGUCCAGGGUCACAUAUAUAGUCUAGUUUCAUAUAUGGUAUGUUUUUUAAUUGACAUUUUAAUGACCAUUUUUUACUCAUUUGGUUUUUACUCCAGAGCAAAUAUGUGGAUAAUCAUUCAAAUAUGAGGUUAAAGUUGUGUCAAUACAGUCUCUGAUUAAAUUAACUUUUACCUUUUUAGU